AUGCUCAUUAUCCUUGCCACACUUGCAAUUAAACCUUUAUUUGCUCGUAUACGUAUAGAUUUAUUUGAAGUUCGUCGAUUUGCAUAUAUUAAAUAUCGCUACGGCCUCUAUACAAAAUUUUACUCCUACGAAACUAUUUUGACUUUAGAUAACAAGUCAACAACGUAUGAACCAAACCAUUUAUUAUUAUAUGGAGAAAAUACAAAAAUAAAUCGUAAUAACAAAGCAGCAUUUACAUCAAAUUCUGAUGACAUGAACCAGUUAAAGCGUCAUACAGGUAAGAUUGUUAGAUUUAAAGGUGUUUAUGUCUCAGGUAUUAAUACAAUUGUAGACAGAUACGGCGUUCUCAUGAAAAAGAAGGAUAGAAAUCACUACUACAGAUAUGGCGCCUGUCAUGGCCCAGUUCUUAACCAUUAUACAGAUGUAAUUGGAAUUGGCUUUGUUGAAAUCGAUGUUUACGGCCAUUUCAUCAUGGAUGUCAUGUCUCCAAUGCUUUGUAUACCAUUGGAUAUCAGAAAACGAUCCGUUGUCGUACUUACUCCCGGAAGUAUGAAAUAUUCUCAUCUUCUACGAAUAAUUGGCAUUGAAGGACCAAUUAUUGCACUAGAACGCGACCAAUACGUAUUCGCCACCAACCUCUACACGUGCUGGGACCCUCGUGCACAUGGUGGAUGGUCAGGACCUCCUUUAUAUCGAUUAUCAAGAGUAUUUCAAGAACAUUGCAAUGUUACAAACGCUGUUCCUAAGUAUGUAGGUUUCCACAAACGCACCGACGGCAGAAGAAUUGUCUCAAACAUUUUUGAUAUCAUGGAAAUCGCGAAGACGAAAUAUCCCAAAGAAGAAAUCAUAAAAAUUCCAGAUUCAUUUGAUUCCUUUGAAGCAGCCGGAAAAUUCUGGUCCGAACUAAAAAUUGUUGUUAGUGCAGCAGGCAGUAACUUAAUGAACGUAAUGUUCAUGCGCCCAGAACAAUGUGUGAUACAGAAUGGUUGUUCUGACCUGUUCAAUUACGCAAUAACUUUGGAAAUAUAUGUUUUCCAACAGUUCCAAAUCAUAUUGACAAGUCCAAAGAUGCGCCACUACGUAUGGGAAAGCGGCGUUGUUAAUCAGACUGAAGCUUUGGAAGCACUUGAUAUAGCUUUCUACGCAAUUAAGAAUAAGAAAUUCCCUCAUAUCGAUGUAUUCCAUUAUUUAAGAUAA